AUGGACUCCGAUAACGAUGUGACUUUGUCGCAGACCAAGACGGCGGGAUCCAGUGGGACAGAGGUGUACAAACAGAACGGCCAUGUCCGGGCUGAAGAAUUUGAAGAAUCUCUAGCGAAAAGGAUAAAAUUAGAUGGGCAGCCUGUUUCUGGUUUGCAGACGGCGGCGAAUGGCGGGGUUGGAAGGAGGAAAGGUGUUGCGCCGGUAAAGAAAGAGUACCUUAUUGAGGUUUCUCAGAGCACGGGCCAAGCUUCCCCAAGGGCUAUCGCGGAUGACGAUGCUGCAGAAGCGGCCAAACAUCACGAGAAAGACGGCGGCGGCGCCAAACAAAAGGGGAGACGUGAGAAGAAAGGUGGACAGAAUAUUAAACGUACGUUUGGCCGUUCUCAAGACGAGAAGCAGCUUUGCCAAACCGUUGCGUAUUAUCCCGAAUUCUCGCCCAACCCUUGCGCCUUUGGCAAAUCCUGCAAGUUCGAACAUGACAUCCGCAAAUACCUGAAGAAUUACAAGAGAGCAGACUUGGAUACCUUUGGUGGGGUUUGCCCCGUAUGGGAAGCUAAAGGAAGGUGUCCGUCUGGCUGGAAAUGCCGAUUUGUGGGAUCACACAUGGCUGAAAGGGAAACGGAGGAUGGGCGGAAGGAGUUGGUGUUGGUGGAAGAUGCCUCACGCAUGAGACACCCAACGUCAACGAACGGAAUUGAAGUCGACGGGGUUGUGAAUGUUGUUACAACGGAGGCUAAGCUUGCUUUGGCGAAAAAGAGAUACCAAACUCCUAAGGCUGAUUCCUACACAACUUGGAUCGACACUGUCUCCAGAGAAGUAGAGAGGAAUCUCCAUGGGCGCAACCAGGAUGAAGCUGCAUCUGUCCCUGGAAAUGCUGAUGGUCAGGGAACGUCUGAUUCCAAAGAUAGAAAAGAAGAUAAUAGGGCACAGUAUACAGAACCUCCAUUUCUUCCCUCUGAAAAGAGGCGGCUCUAUUUUGGCCCGGAGACACCUGUUUUGGCUCCACUGACGACGCAAGGCAAUUUGCCCUUCAGACGUCUCUGCGUUGAUCUUGGUGCCCAACUUACCUAUUCGGAAAUGGCAAUGAGCAUGAGCUUGGUUCAAGGCUCCAAGUCUGAGUGGGCGCUUAUGAAGGCGCACGAAUCCGAGACAUUGCCUCCGGCAGUCAACCCGAAGCAGACCAUCGUGAAAGACUACGACAAUUCUCGUGAUCUGAAAUUCGGCGCCCAGAUCACGGGCAACAAGCCAUGGGUGGCGCUCCGAGCAACUGAGGCCAUGACGGCGUUAUGCCCGCAACUUCGCGUCAUCGACAUGAACUGUGGGUGCCCUAUCGAUAUGGUCUUUAGAGAAGGUUCCGGAUCCGCGCUACUGGAUCAUGCCUCGAAACUGGAAAAAAUGCUACGGGGAAUGAACGCCGUGUCCGGCGAGAUCCCCAUCACUGCGAAAAUCCGAAUGGGUACCAAGGAUUCAAACCCUACAGCCACAAAGCUGAUCGAAAGGUUAAUUAUGGGUGGUGUCGAAUCUCAUGAAAUUGGUAGGGGUCCUGCCGGCGUUGCCGCAAUCACCCUGCAUGGCCGUAGUCGUCAGCAACGAUAUUCGCGCCAGGCAGACUGGGAGUAUAUUUCACAGUGUGCAGCAUUGGUCAAACGACUUAACGAACAAACCGACAUCGGAACUGAUACAAUCAAGGAACCUGAUGCGCGAGACCAGCCUUCUGCGGGUAAAGUUUUCUUCCUCGGAAACGGCGACUGCUACUCCCAUGAAGACUACUUCAACGGGAUUCAAAAAUCGGGCGUCGACACUGUCAUGGUUGCCCGCGGUGCGCUGGUGAAGCCGUGGAUAUUCGAGGAAAUCGAAAAGGGCCAGUAUCUUGACAAGUCAGCUUCUGAGAGGCUCGCCCUCGUGGAGAAGUUUGCACGGUAUGGGCUUGAGGCUUGGGGAUCUGAUGAGUAUGGUGUUGGCAAUACCCGCCGCUUCUUGCUUGAAUAUUUGAGCUUUACCCAUCGGUAUAUUCCUGUGGGCAUACUUGAGUAUCUUCCCCCGAGUAUCCAGGAUCGCCCACCCGCCUGGAAGGGUCGCAAUGAAUUGGAGACUCUUCUUGGAAGUGAUAAUUAUAAAGAUUGGAUUAAAAUUUCGGAAAUGUUCCUGGGUCCAGCUCAUAAAGAUUUCAAAUUCGAGCCGAAGCAUAAGUCGAAUAGCUACGAAAUUGUUGCUGAAGGUUGA